GUUUGAUUGUAUUUCGCUCUUGUUUUGUUUUUUUUCUAACACGGAUUGCAUUCUGUUUGCUGCAGGUGGCAACUGCCUGGCGCACGAUGAGGCUAUCAUGGCACAGCAAGACCGCAUCCAGCAGGAGAUCGCGACCAGUAACCCGCUGGUGUCGGAAAGGCAGGACCUGUCGGUGCUGAAGAGGGAAUACGCUGAGGAGGAUCUCGUAUACCAGCAGAAAAUCAAGGACUUGCACAAAAAAUACUCGUGCAUCCGAAAGACCCGGCCGGAUGGAAACUGCUUCUAUCGGGCCUUCGGCUUCUCUCACCUGGAGGCUCUGCUGGAGGACAGCAAAGAGCUGCGCAGGUUCAAAGCUGUAGCUGCGCAGAGUAAAGUGGACCUGGUAACUCAGGGCUUCACAGAGUUCACAAUCGAAGACUUUCACAACACGUUCAUGGACCUGAUAGAGCUGGUUGAGAAGCAGGGCUCCGUCACUGACCUCCUCAAUGGCUUUAAUGAGCAGAGCACCUCUGACUACCUGGUGGUGUACCUGCGGCUGCUCACCUCGGGCUACCUGCAGAGGGAGGGGGGCUUCUUCGAGCACUUCAUCGAGGGGGGGCGCUCCGUCAAAGAGUUCUGCCAGCAGGAGGUGGAGCCCAUGUCAAAGGAGAGCGAUCACAUCCACAUCAUCGCCCUGGCCCAGGCCCUCAAUGUGUCCAUCCUGGUGGAGUAUAUGGACCGGGGGGAGGGCGGCUCCGUCAAUCACCACGUCUUCCCCGAGGGCAGCGAGCCGCGUGUUUAUUUAUUGUACAGACCGGGACACUAUGACAUCCUCUAUAAAUAACAGCAGUGCUGUGCACAGACACACAGUCAAGGGUUCAAAUAAAUAAUUCAAUAAACAAAAAAAUUAUAAAUCUGUGUACAAAAAAAAAAACCCGUAGCAUUGUACAGAGUUGUGUGAUUGUAAAUUGUAUGAAGUGUCUCUCUCUCUCUCUCUCUCUGCUUUGUUACACUACCUUUCAUGUUUUAUUAAAGGGGUUUCAUCUUAAA